CUUUAGUCCCAGUGUACAACCAUUUCACAACUGUUCCAAUUGCCACGUCAUUGGAUUUCAUUGAACAUUCUCGAAUAUUAUUCGCCCAUUGAUAUUCAAACGACAAGUGAAUCAUAAAAUCGGGGCUGUGGAAAUGGUUAUGGACGAACAAUAAUAGAACGACGGAAAAAAUGACGACAAGUAUUAAUUCAGUUGUCACAGUUUUUCAAAAUGUUUUUACUAACCAUGGGAGCACAUUACUCAAUGGUAUUCUUAUUGCAACAACAGUUGGAGGACAAUCUCUCGUCCGAAAGCUCACCUUCUCGUGUCCAUGCGCAUAUCCAUUGAAUAUUUAUCAUUCUCUUGUAUUCAUGUUUGGCCCAACAGCAGCUCUCUUAUUAAUUGGAAUAACUGUAAACUCCACGACUUGGAAACUUGCUCACGGAUUCUUUUUCAGAGUCCGUGAUACUCGACAUAGUUGGAAAACCACUUGUGUCUCGUGGAUAGAAGUAUUGAUUCAAUCAAGUGUUGCUCCAAUUGCAUGGCUUUUCGUUGUAUUUUUAGAUGGAGGAUACUAUAGAUGUUAUCGAUCACAUGAGUUUUGUCUGAUAUCAGAUGCUAUUUUGUGCAAAAAUUCAACUAUUCUGAAUAGUUAUGCAUCGACUAGCUCUUUCAAUAAAAUUAGCGACAAUGGGAAGUACUGUCCUCCAUGUAUAUGUGUUCCAAACCCAACUGAUGCUUCUUACCUUGAAGCCGAGUCACAAAUUUACGCGUGGGGCCUUUUACUGUUUUCUGGAGUGGCUGCAUUUUUGGUGAUAACUUGCAAUCGAAUGUGUGACAAGUACACACUGGUUCAGCGUCAAUAUGUGGAGACUUACAAAAAUGUAGAAACUCAGAAAUUCGACGCGGUCGCUAAAGAACAUGCGUCUCAACUUGCUGAACACAAUGCACGUGCAUUCUUUGGACAAAAGGAUUGGACAAAGAGAGAUUGGGAUUGGGUAUCAGGAAUUCCGGAAGUCAAUAAUCCCUUGUUCGCACGUCUCCGCCUUAUUGCUGCUGAAAAAACUCAACAAACAAUGUACACACCUUUACAAUUAUGGAAUGACAAUAAAGGAUACCGUAUCCCACAACCAGAUCUUCAACUUACACAGAUUAUUGUGGAUGAGACAAAAGAAGAUUGAUAAUGUUCAUUUUUCGGGUUUACCUCUCCUUUUCUUCUUUUUUGAAACUUUUCCUCAACUCAAUCAAUUCCUUCACGGUUUCAUUUUGUCAAGGCCAAUUUGUGUCAGUUCUUGCCGUAUUCAUUUUCAUAAUAAAUCGGGAGUUAUU